UUCUGUGCGCUUUGUUUUCCAGGUGAUCCAGUUGGGUCCUUUCCGCUCUCCGUACAGGAAUGCAGACUGCAUUACGUCAGUUAUCCUGCCAGCAGUGAGAAAGUUUCGUCUGUCCACGGUGAUUACUACUAUCAGUGGACGCGUUUUUUAUGUAUAUAUAUAUAUAUAUAUAUUUAUACAUAUCAUAACUGGACCUGGCGAUUUAUUGGUGUACGUGUGGCCGAAAGAUGAAACACUCAACGCAUCCAUAGCCCCACUGCUUCAGAAUGAGAUAUUGCUGGAACCUUUAAAGAGCAGUCAACGAGAUUAGAUGGAGAAACUGGAAGACACAGAUCGUGGACACCACUGCGCAUGUUGUGGAGGACCGAUUGAAGACUCUCAUCACAUGAAGAUUCUCCAGGACACAUGGCAUAACGCCUGCUUCCAGUGUUCGGUUUGCUCAGACCACCUGACCAACUGGUACUAUGAGAAGGGCGGGAAGCUGUACUGUGCCAAGCACUACUGGGAGACGUUUGGGGGCCAGUGCCACGGCUGCUCCCUGCUGAUGACUGGUCCUGCCAUGGUGGCCGGGGAGUUCAAGUACCACCCCGAGUGCUUCGUGUGCCUCUGCUGUAAGGUGGUGAUCGAGGACCGGGACACGUACGCGCUGGUGGAGCGCUCCAAACUAUACUGCGGGGACUGCUACAAGCUGGUGGUCCUGGAGCCUGUGCUGGAGAAGCACUCGUCCCAGGACUCUUUGCUGGACUCCCUGCCCCACACGGUCACACUCAUCUCCAUGCCGUCCGCCGCCAACGGCAAGCGGGGCUUCUCGGCGUCCGUGCAGAGGGACUCCAGCAGCGCCGUGGCCAGCGUUCAGGUCAAAGAGGUUCGAGGAAUGCUCAUCAGCCCGGAGCUCCGGAACGCCAUUCAUGUGGGAGACCGGAUUCUGGAGAUAAACGGUCUGCCAGUGGCCACACUGUUGGAAGAGGAGGUCGACGCCCUGGUCCACCGCACCAGCCAGACGCUGCAGCUGCUCCUAGAGUACGACCCGGUGAGGCAGCGCCUGGACCGGCUGAGGCUGGGCUCCCCCCUGGACCAGCUGGGGGUCCCCGCCACCGGCCGCAUGCGUCUCUCCUCGCCCUCGGACGCCGUGCUGGAGCGGGCGGGCGUGGUGGACAACAGCGCCCUGAAGAGGCGCUCGCUGAGGCGCAGUAACAGCAUCUGUAAAUCCCCGGGGCCCGUCUCCCCCAAGGACCAUCCCUUUCUAUCGCGGGACAUCGGGCGCUCUGAGUCCCUGCGUUCCUCCAGCAGCUGCUCUCAUCGCAUCUUCCGCCCCUGUGACCUGAUCCACGGCGAGGUCCUGGGGAAGGGUUUCUUCGGCCAGGCCAUUAAGGUUACCCACAAAGCCACGGGGGAGGUGAUGGUGAUGAAGGAGUUACUGCGCUGUGAUGAAGAGACACAGAAGACGUUCCUGAAGGAGGUAAAGGUCAUGCGGAGCCUGGAGCACCCCCAUGUGUUGAAGUUCAUCGGCGUCCUCUACAAGGAGAAGAGGCUCAAUCUGAUCACAGAGUACAUCAGGGGAGGGACCCUCAAAGACUACAUCAGAGACAUGGACCUGUUUCCAUGGGAACAGAGGGUCAGCUUUGCCAAGAGCAUCGCGUCUGGCAUGGCCUACCUUCAUUCCAUGAGCAUCAUCCACCGCGACCUGAACUCUCACAACUGCCUGGUUAAACUGGACAACACGGUGGUGGUGGCCGACUUUGGGCUGUCCCGGCUCGUUGUGGAGGAGAAGGUCAAGCCCGUCGAAAAGCCCACCUCAAAAAAGAGAGUGUUCAGGCGCAUCGACCGCAAGAAGCGCUACACGGUGGUGGGGAACCCCUACUGGAUGGCCCCGGAGAUGCUCAACGGGAAACGCUACGACGAGAAGGUGGAUAUCUUCUCCUUCGGGAUCGUGCUUUGCGAGAUCAUUGGACAGGUCUACGCCGACCCCGAAUGCCUGCCCAGGACUAAUGACUUUGGUCUGAAUGUGGAGAAGUUCUGGGAGAAAUUCCUUCCUGAAGACUGCCCGCCUGGUUUCUUCCCUCUGGCGGUGGCCUGUUGUAACCUGCUACCAGACAACCGACCCCCGUUCCAGAAGCUGGAGGACUUCUUCAAGGCCAUGGCCCUCAACCAGGAGCUUGGCAUCCCGCUGCCUGCUGAACUGGAGGAGCUCCACCAGAGUCUGUGUCGAGAUCAGGGGCCCAAGGACGACGCUCCAGGCACCGGUCAAUCCGUGGGCUCGGGUCAGGCCUUGGCCCCGGGCGCGGAUAGUACCGUGGCCCCUUCAACGGGUCCGACCGUGGCCCCGUGCACAGAUCAGACCGUGGACCUCGCAGCCUCGCCCCAGAGCUCCGCGAUGACGGGUGACGACGGCCCCUAACAGACGAUGGCCAAUCAAAGUGGAGCUUUGUUUAGUCAAUGAGCAACGGUGGACUUCUGUCUUUUCCGUGGCCAAUGAGGAAGACUGAGAAAAAACUGGAUCAGCGCAUGUAGCCAUAGCCAGCUUCCUAAACGGACCGCCCCCUGACUACAAACAAAGUAGUAGUACCCAACCUUACAGCCAGCUAUCGACAACGCCACUACGACCUUACUACAAUCUCACAGCAACCUAACUUCAAAGUUACAGAAACCUUAGUGACUUCUAAGAGCACACUUACUGCAACCUUACUACAACCUUUCAGCAAUUUUACUGCAAGCUACCUACAACUUUUCAUCAGCGUUACUGGAACCUUACUACAGCCUUCACAAACCAUUAUAGCCAACUGUCUACAACUUUACCACAACCUUAUUUUACUAAAACCUUAUGGAAUCAUUCCAACGAUCAUACUACAACCUUACAGCAACAUUCCUGCAACCUUCCCAUAAUCCUGUCUGCAUCCUGACUAGAACCUGAUUACGAUCUUACUAUAUGCCCCGACGGCUACCUUGACAAUAGGAUUAACCGCCCUCCUGCCUACAAUCCUGAGCCAAACAUAACUUUAUUUGGCUUGUGUUUCAUGCCUCAAUCAUGUACAGACACUUGAGCGGUUCUGUCCAAAGACCAACGAGGAAUCUUCUAAUAGGGUGUAAUAGGGUCUACUAUGUGAGGAAUGCAGGUGAGUAUUCGCCCAGCAGAGAAACCCCAACAUGCAUUAGAAAUAUCUAGUCGAUUGGAAGGUCAGAGAAAGAGCUGAAGGCGGGGCUUAUAAAGGAAUUUUGUUUACCGACGAGACGAUUGGUGAACCAAAGUAACAUUGGUUGAAAAAUAUAGUGUCAUGGAAAUUUGCAUUGGUGGCUUUGUUUUUCACCUUGAUGUGUAAUAUAAUGACCAACAGUUCGAUUUUACGAUGAGUACAGUGUUGUAGGAAAUCUUCUUCUGAAUUUUUAAGGAAAUGUUUUAAUGAGCCUUAUUGUUGAAUUAGUUUUUUUUCUACAUUCAACAAAGUUUUUACCAGAUAUUCACUGUUCUUAGGAGCCUUUAGAUCAAAGCAGAUUUUGCCACUAAAGUUAACAGUUUAUGUAUAUACUUUGUUAAAUGAAUGCAUUUUCUUCUUACCAAUGUUUUCAUGAAAAACAGGGUGGUUGGUUUUUAUAAAGGACUUAUUUAAGUUGUGGUAGGAAAACUUGCUGCUGAUCAUUUGAGAGUUCUUGCUUAACUGUGUUCUCCAAGACGCUGUACAACUUACUAAAGAGAUAACGUGUACAAACUGGAUUUAUACCUUUUAUCGUGUAAAGAAAUGUAUAGAGAUGUGUGUAUAUACAUAUCUAUAUAUAUAUAUAUAUAUAUAUGGUUCUAAUUUUAAGGAUUUUUUUUUUAAUGGGACUAAUGGAUUUGUAGAUUUCGAGACAAUUUUGUAAUUAUUUUUGCUAGCAUCUUAAGGUACGGACUUGCCAGAUUCAACCACUUCUAUCACUGUACUGAUUCUGUAAUAAACCUUUUUGAAUUAA